ACAGCUGAUUUCUACUUGCCGGCAGCUGUUACGUUUCAUUUAUUUUUCUUUCUCCCCAAAAUGUUUCGUGUUUUGAGAUUUCGGCCGGCAAAUCGCUUUUAUUCUGUGAAAACAGCUCAGAAAGAUGUAAAAAAAUACACAGACACUAUCAAUUUGCCAAAGACAAAGUUUCCCAACCGACUGACAGCAGCGAAACGUGAAGAACAGGAGCGACUUAUUCUCGAGAAAAAGAUAGCCGUUUCCUAUCAGUAUCAACAGGAGCAGCUAGGGGAAAAGGACAAACCCACAUUUGUGCUUCACGAUGGUCCUCCCUAUGCCAAUGGACAACUGCACAUGGGCCAUGCCGUCAACAAAAUCCUCAAGGACAUCACACUGCGCCAGCGAGUGGCUCACGGACAGCAGGUGAACUACGUUCCUGGCUGGGACUGCCACGGAUUGCCCAUUGAACUGAAGGCCACCAGUGCGGCUGCUGGUCAAAAUGCUUUGGAGAUACGCCAGAAAUCUCGAUCUUUUGCCCUAGAGGCCAUUGAAUCCCAGAAGAAGGAGUUCAGCAGUUGGGGAGUACUGGCUAAUUGGCAAAAGAAUGACAUCUACAUGACCUUCCAGCCGGAGUUUAUUGAAAAUCAACUGAAUUUGUUUUAUAAACUUUACGAAAAGGGAUUGGUCUACCGGGAUUUGAAGCCGGUUUACUGGUCACCCUCUUCUAGAACUGCCUUGGCAGAGGCCGAACUGGAGUAUGAUCCGAAACAUAUUAGUCCCUCAGUCUAUGUACGAUUCCCAAUAAACCCAAAUGGUUUGGAUUUAAAAGAAAAGGAUACACGUCUUUAUGCCUUGGUCUGGACCACAACUCCUUGGACUCUCCCUAGCAAUCAAGCCAUUUGCUACAACUCAUCCUUGGAGUAUGCUUUGGUCCGUCUAUCGGAACACGAUCAAGAUGAGUUGUAUCUAAUAGCCUCUGCCCUCUUGGCGGACUUUGAGGAAAAUACUAAAAUCACAUGCGAAGUUGUCCAGACUCUGAAGGGCAGCUCGUUAGGUGAUCUUACCUACAACCAUUUGAUUGACAAGGAACAAGGAGACCUUCCCUUUUACGACGCCAGUCAUGUGCAGGAUAGCAAGGGUACAGGCCUGGUGCACACUGCUCCAGCCCACGGACCAGAUGACUUUUUGGUCAGCCUUGCCCGGAAAAUACCCGUGAAGUGUUUGGUGAAUGAGGAAGGAGUUUACACAAACGAUGCUCCCAGUUUUCUGGUUGGGAAAUCCGUCUUGAAACAAGGAAACCCAUUAGUCUUGGAGCACAUCACAAAUAAUGUGGUUCACUCAUCCACUCUAGAGCACUCCUAUCCCAUCGACUGGCGCACCAAGAAGCCUGUGAUAAUCCGCGCCAGCGAGCAGUGGUUCAUCAACACCGAGAAGCUGAAGUCCUCCGCUGCGGAUGCUCUCGAAAAAGUAGAAAUAUAUCCUCGAGCCAAUGCCGAGGCCAGCAAGAAGGCAUUGCUUACUCAGCUUCAAAAGCGACCCUACUGGUGUAUUUCCAGACAGAGGGCCUGGGGUGUUCCCAUACCGGUUCUCUACUGCCGGACGACUGGAAAGGUGGUCUUGAAUGCGGAUCUGAUACAGCACUUUUGCAGAGAGUUGCGCAAAGAGGGAUCGAUGGAUUUCUGGUGGGCCAAGUCGUUGGAGGAACUGUUGCCUACAGAGAUCUUAAACAAACUGGGCUAUAAAGUAGUCGACUUGGUCAAGGGCAGUGAUAUAUUGGACAUCUGGUUUGAUUCCGGCAGCACUUGGUCGGCUGUGCUGAACAAGGAUAAGGUGGCUGAUCUUUAUCUGGAGGGCUAUGACCAGUUUACAGGAUGGUUUCAGUCAUCCCUACUGAUGAGCAUCGCAGCUAGGGACUGUGCUCCUUACAAAGCUCUCUUUGUGCAUGGCUUCACUGUCGACGAAAAGGGUUAUAAGAUGUCCAAGUCGCUGGGAAAUGUUAUUUCUCCGAAACAAAUAACUAAAAAGUACGGAACAGAUGUCCUUCGUUGGUGGGUUGCUUCCCAUGGAACCCAGCACAUGUCCAUUACGGUGAGCGAGAAGCUGCUUCAGCAGGCAGCCGAAAAUCUGAGCAAAGUUCGCGCCACCCUGCGGUAUCUAAACGGAGCCAUUGGGGAAAGGCGACAAAACCAGGAGAACAUCCAAGAUUCCAGCUUUUUGAACAGAUAUUUGCUUAGUCAGUUAGUUGAUUUCGAUGCGGAGAUCACCAAACUAUACAACGCCUACGAAUACAACCGCGUAGUGGCUUCCAUUCAGAACUUCCUGGCCAACCAGGUGUCUGCCGUUUAUGUGCAUUUAAUCAAAGAUCGCCUCUAUUGUGGGGAUGAACGGGAACUCCUUGCCAUUCGGCAGACCCUUACCCACUGCUACGAGGAGUUGUGCAAAAGCCUGUGGCCCAUUGUGCCGUUCAUGGUGGAGGAAAGUUGGAGCUACUAUGACCCUACGGGUGCAGCAUUCCACCAACAAAGCGUCACAGCGAAAUCCCAGUGGCAGGAUGAAAUCGCCAACGAAGUGGUAGCUUCUGCUUUGGAAGUAAAGAAAAUAAUCAACCAGCAAGCUGGGGAUGUCAAUAGUUGGCACAUCGAUGCGAUUCUCAAAGUGGGAAACGAAAAGCAGUUGAAACUCCUGCAAGAACUCCAUCCCAUUGGAAAGCCUCGGUCGAACUCAGAGCUGUGCGAAAUACUGCAAGUGGGAUCUGUUACUCUUCUCCAAAGCGAAGACCAGGACUUGCAGGUGUCUGUGAAGACACUCCAGACACCUCUCUGCCCUCGUUGCCGUCGCUACAGCUUGGACAAUGCCGAACAGGAGACCUGCCACCGCUGCUCUCUAGUAAUGACCGCCAGGAACUAGUCUGUAUGUCUUGUUGAUUUUUUAUGACUUAAGAAUAGAUGUAUGUUUUUAAAAA